UGAAAGCCUCUCACAUUCCCACAAGCGCUUUAUUGGAGGAAUUGGAUGGGGCUGCCCGCGUCUCUCCGACUCAGAGGAAUAAAAAUACGCUUUACUCGCCGUUCAACGUUUUCCGUUCAGACGGAACAACGUGAUGCAGAGAAUUUCUACAAGAGAGUUUUAUCUUUUUUUUUCUUUUCUUUGACGUGAAGUCAAGUUUUUGGAUGCGAAUAUCGGGAGAGAGUUUUACGCCCAGGAGGGACUUCACAUCAUGCGGCUUUUGUAGUCUCCCCCCCAUGAAACAAGGAAUAUUUUCCGCAGGGAAAUUACCACCUGAGCGUUUACGACUUUAAAUAAGCGGAAUGUUUUGUAAUAAGGAGCGCCCUCAUUGUCCUGAGCGCACAUCGUCUCCGUAUGGCGGAAAACGUGCUCCGCGGUAAAUAAAGUCAACAACAUAAGACACUUUAAAAGCUCGCAAACCCAAUUGAACUGUGCUGCUGUUCCCAAGCCCUGCACGGGAGCUGAACUGCCUCCUGUCAUUUGAUUUUUUUUACGGCAUGGCAUUCAGUGGAAGUUGCUUUCAAAUGGCUUUUUACUUUCCCCCAGGUUAUAGCCUAUAGGCUACCCUUUCCAUGCCUAAUGGCACAGUGAAAGUGAAACACUCGGAUCUCUGCAAAGGUUAAGUAUGACUGCAGCAGCAGGUGUGCUAACAGGCUUGGCUAAGCUAAAACGCCAAGACUCCGCCCGCUCUCAGCACCGGCCCUUACCUACAUCGCCGGGCCUGGGAAACUCCGCCCCAGAAGCUGCCCCCAGAAAGCGGAAACGACGCACCGAUGUUGUGGUAGUACGUGGUAGGCUCCGCCUCUACUCCGCCUCCGGGUUUUUCCUCCUCCUUGGACUGGUCAUCUUGGCCAUAGGGAUCGCCAUGGCGACGCUGGGUUACUGGCCCCACAGUGAAACCAUGCCCUCGGCCAGAUCGCCAACCGGAGGAGGAUCUAAGCCAGCAACUGCUAGAGGAACAUUUGGAGGAACAUCUGCCACAGGAGAAGGAAACAGAGCCAUGGUGGCCGUCACAGACAAGGACGUGGCUAACUCCAGCACGAGUCAUAAUGUGCAAGGUUCGCCCUCCAAGCAGACUGGGGGCGCUCUGACACGGUUCCUGGAACAGCAUCGUCACUCUGAGAGGAUGAAGAUGUUCGGGCCUUUCACAAUGGGCAUUGGGAUUUUCAUCUUCAUCUGUGCUAAUGCCAUUCUUCAUGAAAACAGAGACAGAGAAACUAAGAUAAUCCACAUGAGAGACAUGUACUCCACCGUCAUUGACAUCCAUCGCCUCAGGCAGAGAGAGCAAAAGCAACACCAUCACCGCAACAGCACCUAUGCAAGAGAAGUUGGGGAUCUUCGAGCCUUUGGAGCCGAUAACGCAGCCUGGUUGGCCAGCAACUCUCCCCUGGCGUAUUCCUCUCGGGCCGGAGGGGGAGGGUCUACAGAAGAAGAGGAGGGGCUGUUAGUGGACGAGGAUUUUCACAGACACAGGGGGCAGGCCAAGCUGGAUUGUAGCUUUGCGGGGCUGCUGGCGCCGCUCUACAAGGAUCGCCCCUUCUGCGGCCCGGGCCUUGGGCUGGCUCGCUCAGAUUCAGUACGCCACCAGUGGUCGGUGGACGGAGAUGGGGGGAAGGGAGGACACCAUGCACGCUCUAUCGUUUCCUCCUCCUUAUCUGCAUUUACUCUCCCCGUUAUAAAACUCAACAACUGCGUUAUUGACGAGCCGGAGAUGGAGGCGAUAACUGAGGAGGAGAGAGGAGGAGAGAGGAGAGGCGGGCAGACGUCCCAGUCUCUGAGCUCCAUGGAGUCUCUGGUGGUUCCUGUACCAUCUGUUGCCAAGGCUUCCAAACCGCCAAGCUUACACCGGAGUAACUCGGCCUCCUCUUCCUCUCGCUGCUCCUCUGUCUCCUCUUGCUCCCUCUCCCCUGCUCCCUCCUCUACCUCAGGCUGCUGGCUCUCCCCGGGAGCAGCAAGGAGUGACUUUGGCUCCAACUCCUCCUUGCACAUGCUCGGCAGCCACUCCAAAUCUCUGGACCUGGAGCGUAGGCCGAGCAUGCUCAGCGUGCACCCCGAGCAGCGCAAGCACCCCAGCUGGCCCCGCCUCGACCGUAGCAACAGCAGCCGUAGUAACAGUGGCAAUCGGGGCAGCAGUAAAGGCUACAUGCGGCUGGAGGACAGGGAAAGCGAGCAAGGGGAGCGGCUGUUAGAUGCGUCAAUGUCUGUUACAGACAGGCGCGACUACAGUAAGCGGGAGAAGCUCCUAAUGAUAUCCAGGUCGCAUAAUAAUCUGAGUUUUGAGCACGACGAGUUUAACAGCAGUACACUGAAGAGGGGCAGCUCUGAGACUCGAUUCUGAAGACGCUGAACUAAAGGUUGAAGACAGUUCUGUAAAUUCGUCUCCAGACAGUAUGAGUGUACAGCGCGGGAGAGAGGAAACUUAAACGUGGUUUCAAAGAAACUUUUUUUUGGAGCAGCAGGCUGGAGAGUAGUGAGUAAUGGUCCAUCUUGCGCAGUAGAAGAUUCAGGGACGCUGAACGCCUGCUGUACCAGGUCCAGAGGUGCUGUUCCGUAUUUGACCCUGACCUGUGAGCUCUGUUAAGGGAGACGUUCCCUACAGGGAUCAAUAAAAAAUAAAUCAUAUCAUCAGUCUCCUUUAUACAUAGUGUUAAAUGCUUUCAUUCCAGCAGCUGCUGGUAUAAUCAAGGACACACUGGAAGCACUUUGAGGAAGUUUCUCUCUCCGCAGGUGGCAGUGACACAAAGGCAUAGACGCACUGAGGAUAAUAAUGAUCAUUUUCAACUGAUCUACUGGUCUCGACACAAAAACAGAUAUGAAAACUUAACCAGAAUCAGCCUGUAACUUAUAGCCUGGUGUAAACCUAUAUAAGAACACGUAAUGGACAAGGCUCCAAAAGACAUAUCUUAGUAGUACAGGAUUUGUUUAUAAGGUGGUUCAUGUAUGUCUGUGUGUCUGUUUGAUCCUCAGAUCGUAGCAGAUGUUGACAUCCACACAAGUCAAACAAAACCAGUUACUAUAACGUAAAUACGCUACAGCACAGAUAUGAGUUAAAUCAAGAUGCUGCAGGCUGCAAAAUACAAUAACGGAGUCAAUGUUGUCCUUGCUGCCCUUUCCCCAAGAAAUAUAGUAAGAAGUUUUGUAUGUCUGCUAGAAAACUAAAAGUAACAAUCUCCGUCUAUGGCUUUGCUAGAGGCAUCUUGAGUUUAUUUCUUACUAGGAAAGAUCUUGAUUGACUUCACUCAGGAUAUCACGUUGUCUACGUUGAUCAUUUUUUUAGAGCUAUUCACAAAGCUAUUCAGUAUUAGAGAAAGCCCUAACAUUUGAAUAUUUAUAGACUUGAGUAUGAAGUAUGAUAAAUUAGGGUGGUAACCAAUGAUUAUUCUCAUUAGUUUAGUUCAGUAUUUUGAUCAAUCAGUGCUCUAAAUGUCAAAAUUUAUGACAAAUAAUCACAUCUGAGGUACUUCUACUUGUUAAAUGACUUAAACAAUUGAUUAAGAGAAAUGUCAUUGAUUCAUUUCAAGUCAAUCAGCAAUUUUUUUACUCUGCACUAUUGAAAAAACAAUAUUUGAAACAAAAAUCUGUAUAAAUGAGACUGUAAUGUACUGCCAUUUCACUCGAGCCAACAGUAAAUCACCAUGUGCACAUUUAUCUUGUGCUAUAUGUAUAAACUGUGUGUAUAAAUCCAGGAAGCUGUAAUAUUUAAAGUCCAACUGAAGUUGUCUUGUCUGCUACAGCAUACAUAUCUGCUUUUAAACAACAACCCACAUUUGCUUUCCUGCUAUCGUUUCCUUCUUAUCUAACCUACAAAAUUGAAAAUACACGUCUUGCCCUUGUAGUUGUUGAACGAGCGACCAAACAAACAUUCACUGAGGAAAAGUGAACAGCAACAUCGGUUUGCAGGCUACAUAGCUAAUGAGCUGCUCAGCUGCAGCACAUUAAACAGCAUGUAGAAGUACCUGCAAACAGAACUUUGGUUCGGUUACCGUAGAUGCUGGUUUUUAACACAGUCUUCACAUGACAUGUACACUACAGCACAAGUUUGUUUACUUUGUCUCUCGUUCCCUAGGGUGUAACACUGGCACUCUGGCAGCCUGCAAGCUACUGUCAAUCAAACAAAGACACGCCUCUCCAGCCGGCUGAGACUAAAAGGAGCAUUUCUGUUAUUUCCCCCAAGACCUUUAAAAAACAGACACAAAACUAUAAACAAUGCAUUAAAAAAAAAAACAUGUUGACAUUAGAUAUUUGACUGCAAAAAGGAAUGUCCAAAUGUAAUUUCAGUUGGACUUUAAAAUGUAAGCCAUGCCAUUUUCUUCUACAGUUGCCUUUGGCACAUCUUGUGUUGCUUUUUAUGUGUUUAUAAUAUUUGGGACAAUAUUCACCACGCGAUGAUGACGAUUGCAGGUUUGAAUUCAGGAAUUCAGCUACUGAGCAACAUAGUAAUAAUGUCUCAGCAUAUUUUGUUAUUAACAUGUUGACAAGGUGAGUUGUCCCAAACUGAACAUUUCUCUUGUCUAUCUUUAGUAUAGGAGCUGAUACUGUAUGACGCCUUCGUGUUGCUCGUUAUCUCUGUUUCAGGUUCUGUUUGGUUUGUCAUCUACCUUAAAGACACUGUCAUUUUUGGAACACAUUUAUCAAUGUUGUUCAAACCUGUUUUGUGCUAACUUUAAUGCAACACACGUGAACGAUAAAACAACACAACGUGUGUUGAAAAAAACGGAGCCCUUUUUAAAAGUGCAGGAAUUGUACAGGAGAGCUUCAUUAACUGGUUCCCAGCAGUUUAUGGGUCAACGUCCAAAAUAAAUAGUAUUUUCACUGAAA